CUGUUGUGCAGCAUUUCUUGUUCGCUAAUUUAUAAUACUUUUGAAGCAAGGAAAUGCUAAAAUUAUAAGACUAUCAAGGGAGAGAGAGAGAGAGAGCUAUUACACACAUUUCUUGUUAGAUCAAAUUUCCAUUGAGGUUGGAAGAUGGCAACAGCUGUGAUGACUUCUCUCCCACAAUUUAAUGGGUUAAGACCCAAUUUGUCAGCAGCUCCUGUUAAAAGCAUGGCAGCAAUCCAACCAAUGAGGCGUAAGGGCAAGGGUGCUCUUGGUGCUCGUUGCGAAGGUUUCAUUGGUUCACCCACAAAUUUGAUAAUUGUGACUUCUACAACCUUGAUGCUAUUUGCUGGAAGGUUUGGGUUGGCACCAUCGGCAAACAGGAAAUCCACAGCAGGAUUAAAGCUUGAAGUUAGGAACUCUGGCCUACAGACUGGUGACCCAGCUGGUUUCACUCUUGCAGAUACUUUGGCAUGUGGAUCUUUGGGUCACAUUAUUGGGGUUGGGGUUGUUCUUGGCCUCAAGAACCUUGGUGCACUGUAAAUUAUCUUAAGCAUCUUAUUUUAUGUUGUUCUUGUUUGCAACUUGUGUUUGGUUUGAUAACUCCCAAAAAAUGUGAUUGGUAGCCAAAGUUUGGGGUCA